UGUCUGUUGUUUUUCUAUUUAGCGCGCUUUAUGACAUGAGGUGUAGGAUGUUUACGAAGUAGAUAUUUUGUAGGUUCUAUUAUACAUUUCGGUUCCAACAUUUACACAUUUCUUGAGACAAAUUAUAAAUGAAAAAAGUGAUUUAACCUAGGAAUAAGUUUACUAAUGUGGUCAUGGAUACAUCGCGACCAGGUGGUAGCAGGGGCAACUGGAAACCACGAUGGAGAGGACGGGGCUUUUAUCCAAGAAAUUCCAAUUUUUAUGGCAGAGGACGGGCUCAAGACAGAGGAAGAACAACAUUCAGCGGCAUGGGACAUUCUACUAAACCAGCAAGUUCUCAUGUGCAGGAUUCUCCACAACAGUCUCAAACUAGUCAACCAAGUGUUAAAGACAUAUUUGACACUGUGCCUACUCCAUAUGUUGGAUGGAAGCAGUAUCUUCCACAGGAAGUUUAUAGUGAUGGAUCGCCCACUGUUGAUAAGAUUAAAGCUGUGGAGCAAUACAUAAAGAAGAAUUUAAAUCUAUAUUCUGCAUCAGAUAUUAUGGAACGCAGGUCAUUUGUCAUUGAUUUAAAGCAUCUGAUGACUGAUGAUGACUUUAAGGUGUCAUGGUUUACCUUCAAUGAGGAACUAACGGAAAACCCAGAACAUACCAUGAGCUGCCUGGGACUCGCAAUGCAUCAGGUUGUGUCGGACCAACUCCAAGCUAAGCUGCAGCAGCGAGUAGCAGCGGGAUUGAAGGCUCCAGCCCAAUCAUUAAGUGUUCCUACAAUCAGAGCUCGGUUGAUAAAUUAUGAACCAGUCAUACAGUUAAAAAAUUUGAAAGCAAAUUAUUAUGGAAAAUUAGUAGCUGUGCAUGGUACAAUCAUAAGGGUCAGCAGUGUAAAACUUCUAUGUGUGUGGAUGGCAUUUGAGUGUAAUAUAUGUCAUGGAAUGCAGUGUGUGAAACAACCUGAAGGAGUGCUCACAAUACCAACAAAGUGCAGAACUGGAGGAUGCAGAGGAAGAACUUUCACCCCUCUUCAUUCAUCUCCAUACACACAAACUAUUAAUUGGCAGUCAGUACGUUUGCAGGAACUAGUUGCAGAUGACAGACGUGAAGGUGGUAGGGUCCCUCGCACUGUAGAAUGUGAGCUCACGGAGGACCUUUUAGAUUCGUGUGUUCCAGGGGAUGUUGUAACUGUUAUUGGCAUUAUUAAGGUUCGGAAUAAUGAAGAAAAUCAGAAACGUAAGGCACCCAGCAUGUUCCUUCUCUAUAUAGAUGCUGUGUCAGUUGUUAACAAUAAGAGUCAAUCUUUGGAGGAGAGAAAGUCUGCAUUUGGUGUCAGAUUAAAUGCGAAGGAUUUCUAUGCUGUAAAGGAAAUUCAUUCACAGCCUUCACUUUUCCGACUACUAGUGAACUCGCUGUGUCCCACUAUUUAUGGCCAUGAGCUGGUAAAAGCAGGACUUCUCUUGGGUUUGUUUGGUGGCACCCAGAAGUCAGCAGACAUGAGAGCAGAUAUUCAUGUACUUGUAGUAGGAGAUCCUGGUCUGGGGAAGUCACAGAUGCUACAGGCUUGUGGUAAUGUUGCUCCUCGAGGGGUGUACGUGUGCGGGAAUACUAGCACUACAUCUGGGCUCACUGUUACACUGACUCGGGAGUCAGGUGGUGAUUAUACACUUGAAGCAGGAGCUCUUGUACUAGCUGAUCAAGGCUGCUGUUGUAUUGAUGAAUUUGACAAGAUGUCCUCUCAGCAUCAGGCACUUCUUGAAGCAAUGGAACAACAGAGUAUCAGUAUAGCUAAAGCAGGGAUAGUUUGCUCUUUACCUGCAAGAACAUCAAUUUUAGCAGCUGCCAAUCCUGUUGGUGGACAUUAUAACAGAGCAAAGACAGUUUCAGAAAACUUGCGUAUGGGAUCAGCACUUCUCUCUCGGUUCGAUCUAGUGUUUAUCCUAAUGGACCGUCCAAAUGAGCACUUGGACAGUUUACUCUCAGAGCAUGUCAUGGCUCUCCAUUCGGGAAUUAAAAACAAAGAAGUUCUGAAACCAGCAAGUGCCCCUGCCUGUUCUCAGGUGUCUGAUGCUCAAGAUAUAGAGCGCUCUUUGAGUGAAAGACUGAAAUAUUCACCAGGAGAAGAAUUUGAUCCAAUUCCACAGCCACUGUUGAGAAAAUAUAUUGCAUAUGCUCGAAAAUAUACAAAUCCUCGAUUAACUCCAGAAGCAGCUGACAUUAUACAGAAAUUUUACCUAGAACUUCGUCGUCAGUAUCAGGCAAUGGAUUGUACGCCAAUAACCACUAGGCAGCUGGAGUCUAUGAUACGCUUGUGUGAGGCGAGAGCAAAGCUAGAGCUUCGUAGUGAGGUAUCUGAAAUAGAUGCCUUGGAAGUUGUUGAAAUCAUGAGGUACAGUCUGGUUGAUACCAUGAGUGACAGCUUUGGAACUUUACAUUUUCAGCGCUCCCAAAAUGGAUCUGGAAUGAGCAGUAAGAGUAAGGCAAAGAAGUUCAUAAUGGCACUUCAGAGGCAGGCAGAAGUGCAAAGUCGAUCGGUGUUUUCAGUUCAAGAACUAAAAGAAAUUGCAAAACUGUGUGUUGCUGAUGUCUCAGAUUUUACUGGUUUCCUGUCUUCAUUAAAUGUUCAAGGUUUUCUAUUGAAGAAAGGACCCCAGUUAUAUCAACUUCUCACUGUUGAUUAUUAAUGUUUUUUGUACAUCAUGAUUUGUGUAAUUAUUGUUAGACACUCUAGUUGCUUAUUUAAACAUUAUUUU